UGCGCAGAGUAAAGAAGGAAGUGGAUGAAGGCUGUCCAACCGGUUCUCUCUUCCACCUCAGCAUUCUCCAAGCCGGAGAGAGUCCAUCGGGGUCUGGAUGUAUUUUCCCAGCGUUUAGAGGGGUGGGGUUUUCGUAGAGCGGCUUCACAUUGGAUCCAGGAGGCACGUGAACGCAACAUGGGGGACGAGACGUACAAUUUUGUCUUCAAGGUGGUUCUAAUCGGAGAGUCCGGUGUCGGCAAGAGCAACCUGCUGACCCGCUUCACCAAGAACGAGUUCAACCACGACAGCCGCACCACCAUCGGCGUGGAGUUCAGCACCCGCACCGUCCAGCUGGACAACUGCACCAUCAAGAUGCAAGUGUGGGACACGGCCGGACUGGAGCGCUACCGCGCCAUCACCUCAGCGUAUUACAGAGGGGCCGUGGGCGCCCUGCUGGUGUUCGACAUCACCAAGCACCUGACCUAUGAGAGCGCCGAGCGCUGGCUGAAAGAACUGUACGACCACGCAGACCCUCACAUGGUGGUCAUGCUGGUGGGCAACAAGAGCGACCUGGAGCACCUGAGGACCGUGCCUGCUGAGGAGGCCAGGGCCUUUGCAGAGAAGAAGGGUCUGAUGUACAUGGAGACGUCUGCGUUGGAUUCCACCAACGUGGAAGCGGCCUUCACGGACGUCCUCACCGCGAUCCACCGCAAGGUGGCGAGCAGAGAGGUGACCCGGGGCUCCAUCAGCGCCGUCACCCUGACGCCGCCCAGCGGUCCCAGCAGCGAUGGCCAGGAGGAAGGGAGGAAGUGCUGCGGCAGCUGAGCGCCAACACGGACUCACACCGUGACAUCAUUGGUCACACAAGUGAGGCUGUUGUUUCAGCAGAGUCCCUCUGGCCAGCAGUAUGUAUCUUACAUCUUUUUGGAAGACUUAAAUUAAUCCUAUUAAUAUGUUUGGUACUGUCGUCUGGUCACCAUGGCAACACACGGUUGGAAAGGAAUUAAUGUAACCUUUUUCAAGCAAGAGGUGAAAUAUUUUGACGAACAUAAUUAUUUUGUCUGCUUACAUCACAUUAAGUUGUUGUUGUUUUUUGAUACUGCAGCUUGUGUUUCAUAAUAUUAUGAUUUAAUUAAAAAAAAUUACUUAAAAA